GGCUGUUUACGACCUUCCCAACAUGGCCGACUUCAGACGACGUCGCCCGGGGAUUACGUAAGCGGCCGCACGCGGCGGGACCGGUGAAAGAAGGGCUGCAGUGGCGGGAGCUGCUGGAUGGUCGCCAUCAUGUUCACAGAUCUAGCUGUCGGUCAAGGGCCUGGACUCCUGUCACCUCCAUCUGAAGCUCCUGCCACUUUCACCAGAAUGUCCAAUGCCCUGUAUGCCAAUCGCUCAGAGAGUUAUAAACUGGGGGAACGCACCUUCACCCGCCAGUAUGCCCACAUCUAUGCCACCCGACUAAUGAAGAUGAGGCCACUUCUUAUAGAGCAUGCAAAGAAGAAAUGGGGUGAGGAUAUAGCUGUGCGGAAGUUAUGUGAGCUCCAGGUGGCGGAGAGGUGCUGUGUGGUAGGAACGCUUUUUAAAUCGAUGGAGCUGCAACCGUCCAUCUUGCGGGAGAUCAGUGAAGAGCACAAUCUCCUGCCUCAGCCUGUAAGGCAUAAAUAUAUCAGUGAUUCAGAUGAACUGAUACUAGAAGACGAGCUGCAGAGGAUCAGGCUGGAGGGGGCCACCGAUGUGCAGAUGUUUGUGACUGGUGCUGUGAUAGCAGUCCUCGGUACAGAAGGCGAUGCUGGAAAAUUCACAGUUGAAGAUUUCUGCUUGGCUCCUCUUCCCUUACAGUCUCCUCUUCCAGAUUUGGAGGAAGACAGGUAUGUGCUGUUGACAUCGGGUCUGGGCCUCGGAGGAGGCAGUGGGGACAGCCUCUUGGGGUUGCAGCUGCUUCUUGACAUGGUGACCGGGCAGGCAGGAGCAGAAGAGGAGCAGAGCUGUGCCGCUCGGAUAUCUCGAGUCAUCCUGGCAGGAAACCUUCUUAGCGAGAACACUCAGAGCAAGGACUUUCUCAAUAAGGCGAAGUAUCUUAGUAAGAAGACUCAGGCAGCGAGUGUGGAGGCUGUGAAGAUGCUUGAUGAAAUCCUCCUCCAGCUCAGUGCCUCUGUCUUUGUGGACGUCAUGCCCGGAGCGUUUGAUCCUACAAACUACAUCCUUCCUCAGCAGCCCCUGCACCGCUGCAUGUUCCCUCAGUCCGCACCAUUCUCCACCCUUCAGCUUGUUACAAACCCCUAUGAAGCAGACAUCGAUGGAGUCAGGUUUCUGGGCUCAGCUGGUCAAAACGUCAGUGAUAUAUACAGGUACUCCAGUAUGCAGGAUUAUCUGGAGAUCCUGGAAUGGACGCUGCAAGUGGGGCACAUGUGUCCUACUGCUCCGGAUACCUUAGGCUGCUACCCGUUCUACAAGUCAGACCCGUUCAUUCUGCACACAUGUCCCCAUGUGUAUUUUUGUGGAAGCGCCCCCAAGUUUAGCUGCAAAGAGGUGACAGGAUCUGAAGGUCAACGUGUUCUUCUCAUUACCGUGCCAGACUUCAGCAGCACACAGACAGCCUGCCUGGUUAACCUCCGUACCCUUCAAUGCCAACCAAUAAGCUUCUCCGGGUUCAGCGCGGAUGAGGAGUCAUGUGACUGACUUGACAUUUUCUUCUCCAAAAGACUGAGUUUACCCAUUCGUCUCUGAGCCUUUGCAACUAAGAUGAUGAUAUUGAUACAUUAGGACAGGUAUAGGCAACCUUUGGCA